GCCCUGCGCCGUCGAAGCGGGCAGCCCAGACGCGCCAGGCCUCCGCGGCAACCCCGCUCGCCGUCCCCUCGCCUCCGAUGCCGCUCGCGGAUGACCAGGGACUCUGAUCCCGGGGAUGCCUUUUACAACGCGCCCGCGAGACGCGCGCCCAGCCCCUGAGCCGCGACGAGGCGGCCGUGGGAAGACGCGCAGUUCUUCCUUAAAGAGGCCCCGGCGGCUCCGCGAGCCCAACGUCUCCGUCGUUCGUAGACGAGCCCGGCCCUCGCAGCCAGUCGCCCGCGGCGGGCGAUGGGCCAGGCCGCGGGGAACUCGCGCGCCUUUCUGCGAGCCGCCGCCUUCGUGGUGCUCCUGGGCCGCGUCCGGCUCCAGAUCCCGACGGCAGACAACAGAGAGCUGUGCCUAGAGUCACCGGUGCCCGGAGUCUGCCCAGAUUCAUUAGACAGGUGGUACUACAACCGAGCCUCCCAAGACUGCCAGAGGUUUACUCACGGGGGCUGCUUGGGGAACGAAAACAACUUUUUGAGCUUUGACGCUUGUAUAGAAACUUGCGGGAAAAUCAAGAAAGUGCCUGUAAUGUGCCGAGUGAAACCUCCGCAAGGGACCUGGAGCCCCCUCAAGCCGAAAUAUUUCUUCAACCUUGAGACAAUGAAAUGCGAGGAAUUUUUCCCCAAAAAACGUUCACGACACCCUAACAUGUUUUCCAGUAAAAGAUCCUGCACUGAUGUCUGCAAGUUGGGGAGAAAGGGUCCCUCCUUUUGCUCUAGUCCCAAGGAUGUGGGACUCUGUUCAGCUUCACUACGUCGCUUUUACUACAAUAUAGCGAGCAGAACUUGUGUGGCAUUCAACUAUACAGGAUGCGGCGGGAAUAAUAACAACUUUCUUACAAAGAAAGACUGCAUGAACGCCUGCAAGCAUGUUGAAAGAAUGUAAGCCACGGUUGCAAUAUUGGGAAAUACCAUCUCAUAAGGAGGAGAAGUCUACAAAUCAAACAAAUGCCACACACGUUCUUGCACCUGAAGGUCUCUAGACCAGAAGCGUUAUUUUAACACUGGAAACCUUAAUUUGUGGGUGGGUUUUGUUUUUGUUUAUAUGUAGCAAUCUUAACAGCUCUUCUAUAUGAUCAGUUCUGGAAAUGUAGUAAGUCAACGUUACUUUAUCUGAUGAGGGCUGAUCAGCUUUAUGGACUGGCCUCCAUAUUCAAAGCACGGUGAUCUGCUGAGGGAGAUAACCCUGGUUUGUUGACCUUCAUUCAGAGAUUCGUGAUGUGCAGGAGCAGACUCAACACUCACUACUGAACAAGGACCUUUCUCUGUCACCUGCUGCAUAUUAUUUGCUUUAUUUAUUUUUCUUAAAGAAGACUACAAAUAAAUUGGUAUUGUUGCUAUCCAUU